AUGCAAGCUUCCGCAGAAGAAUAUUCGAAUGAACUGUUUGAGACGCAAUCCAUCAACUAUCCGACGCUCUUGUUUUUAGAUCCAUUCAUACUACAAGAUGGGCAAUUGGAAAUCACCCCGGCCGCUGCGUCAAUUCCGCCACUUAUUCUCCGCCUGAUUGGGGAUGUGAAUGAUAUUCAUGACACAGCAGCCAAAUUCUUUGACCAUAUCCAUCUGUGGAUGCCGUUCAUUUCCAAAAAACGUUUUUACGAUAUUCACCUUCGGACAUUACCUCCAUCGCAGUCCGAUGUUGUCCUGCUCUUACUUUGUCUCAGACUCAUAACGACUUUGCCGCCUGCAAGACCACGCGAUGCUCGAACUCCUUUGUAUUAUGCUGCAAAGCAUUUCUUUCUUGACAUUGAAGGUGAAGGUUCAUUUUCGAUUCUCGUUUUACAGGCAUGCAUUCUUUUGGGACUGUACGAAAUAGGACACGGUAUAUAUCCCGCCGCUUUCUUGACUAUCGGUGCCUGUGCUCGCUAUGCACAUGCCCUGGGUUUCAACGUCAGUAAGACCGUCAAGUCACGAAAAGUCCUUACAUUAGUCGAGGCAGAAGAACGAAGAAGGGUUUGGUGGGCAAUUGUGAUUCUGGAUCGAUUCGUGAAUAUUGGCUGUCCAGGAAGACCCUUUGCGACCGCAGAGCCUGAAUUAAAUGAUUUGUUGCCGGCGGACGACGCAGAAUGGGAUCAGGGGAUUGUCAACCCCGACAACCUCUGCACAUUGCUUGAGCCGCUCACUGGCCACAUGAGUAGAUUUGCGUUGCUAUGUCAAGCUGCGAGAUUGUUAGGUCAAGUUCUCCAGCAUCUGUCGAGUGGCACGGCUGAGGACGAUGAUGUGUCGAUUCAACUAGAUCGAACUCUUCAAUCCAUGCUUGCUGCUUCCUUGGAUGUCGAAGUUCCCGACGAGUAUCAGAUAGCUUUUAUCUACAGCUGCCUGGUAGCGCUCCAAUAUCCCUUGUUAUCAUCUCCGAAUGUCGUUUUGGGCGAGCGAUCCCAGCGCGCACAAGAGGUGUUUAUCUUCAACUACUUGAAGCCCAAGAAGCGAUGA